CGGCUCGGUAACUGAGAAGGCGGACAUUCAACCCACGACAACCGUAAACACAACGAAGAGCACUUUUUUACACAGCCCCUCCUCGAGCGUUGCACAGUCCUCUAAACGGCCUGGCACGCCGGUCAAGCAGACCUCCCUGGACUCUACGGUGAAAGCAGAUGAACGACAGACUCUUCCGAAAAACAAGAAACCCAUCCCUGCCGUACCGCGUCUCAACCUUCAUACACACAGACCACUACCUUGCAACACGAGCUCCCAAGCAAACUCUACCACCCAUGCAACCGUACCAAAGUCGACUCAGGCGGAAAAGGCGGUCUCUGUGAACAGCCAGUCAGGUACAGUUCUUUUGUUAUCCCUUGAUCUUGUACGUUGCUCACAAUAACCCUCAGAUAUGUCACGAGCACCUAUUUCGUCUCAUGCUACGUCUGCCGCAGGACUCAUCACUAUGCAGUCUAAUGCCGAAGCACAAGUAUUGCCCUCAUCUACGGCUGCUGAUUUCCACACGCCUAUGCAGACACCUGUAACGCAGUGUGGUCCCGGACAAGCGGAGACUCCCAAGAAAAAGAAGAAGAAGCCCAAGAAGAAGAAGAAGCAAGCAGCUGCCGAAGGUUCUGGGUCGGGGUCAGAGCAAUCUAAGGGAUGGCAUGAUCCGUUCGAUGCUCAGAUGUCGUACAUCGAUGCCAUCAAGCAGGGCGGCAGAAACGAAGACCAUUACUCGAAUAGGCGUGAUGAUGCAACGCCUGGACGUACUGAGAAGGUCGCUAAGAUGGAGGGUUUGAUGGAUGGGUCAAAGGUAUGCAACAUGUGGUAGAUGUGUCAGGGGAGAUGGCUGAUGAGUUUCAGUUGGCCAAAGCUGACCUCUUUCGGACCAUCGAGAGCUAUCUCGUGGAGAAGAAUGCCAGUUCUCCGGGGAAGAAGCUCUCUGUGGCAGAUCUUUGCUGAGAGCGUGAGGUGUGGGGGUCUGUGUAUGUUAGGCAUACGUGGGGGGUGGUGAGGGUUGGGGUUUCACAAUCAGCCUUGUGCAGGCUGGGAGGGGGGCUGUGGGGGUCUGUGGAGAAUGAGUGGAGGGCGUGGAGAGUAGACGAGCGAUGUCGAUGUCAAUGCCAAAGGCCAUGUCGCGUCUCCUCAUUUCCUUUUUGUUGAGCUGGCCCGGGGAGGUGGGCGGUGAGAUGAAGGAGUCGGGGUUGGUAUUGUUGAGGGGUGGGC